AACCGCCUGAAAAUUGAAAAAGAUCCGAAAACCACAACAUCAAGCCAAAUUUUGAAAUCAUGAGUGGUACGUUCGGCAAAACUUUUAUCUUUCUCACUGAUCUUGCCUGGAAAAGUCGUGUGACGUUGCCGGUUUUGAUUACGGUUGGAUUCAUGAUACUCAACUUCCGAUGGGAAGUGGAAAUUAACAUCCACGCGGAGCGAAUCGCUAUUCAGGGAGUAGAAGACGGUGGUGAAGGUGGCGAUGGACGGGGAGGCCGGGCAGGAGCUAUGGCAGCAAUCGAUUACAGUAUGGAGGAAGCUUGGGAUACAACAGACAGCGAAGACGAUGACGAUGAGUACGAGGAAUCGGAGUUCGAGCCUACAGAUGAUGAAGAGGAUAUCGAUAGCGACAAUGAGGCUGGGGAGGAUAGUGACUACUAUCAUUAAGGUUUUGAAGUUAUCGAAUUUCGGUUGUUAUAGAUAAUAAAUCUAUUAUAGACUCCAA